AUGAUCGUCGGCACACGUCUCAUUCUUGUCUCCUUGGCGAUUAUCGCAGUUGUUUCCGCACAACAAUGCGAAGUAUGUAAAAAGGUGUUGGACGAUGUGAUGGCCAAGGUCCCCUCUGCCGACAAAUCGAAGCCGGAUGCGAUAGGAAAAGUGAUUCGUGAGCAUUGUGCGACGGCGAAGAAUAAGGAACACAAAUUCUGCUUCUACAUCGGCGCUCUCCCAGAAUCCGCCACUUCUAUCAUGAACGAGGUCACCAAACCACUCAGUUGGUCGAUGCCAACCGAAAAAGUUUGUAUCGACAAACUGAAGAGCAAGGACGCCCAAAUUUGCGAGCUGAAAUAUGACAAACCACUCGACUGGAAGACUAUCGAUUUGAAGAAGAUGCGCGUGAAGGAGCUCAAAAACAUUCUUGGCGAGUGGGGAGAGUCGUGCAAAGGGUGCACCGAGAAGACCGAGUUCAUCAAGCGAAUCGAGGAGUUGAAGCCGAAAUAUGUCAAAGACGAGCUGUGA